AUGUCUGCUAGACUCUCGCCCGGAGGGGCUUUGCUCCGGUCGUCGCGUCUAUUCUCCGUUCCGAAACCAAUUCCGGGUCCAAGUGCUGCCAGCGAGGAUGCCGGAUAUGGGAGCACCCUUCGCAGGCCGACAGGCACAUCGCCGUACCCGACGCAUCAAUCCAUCACGACGCCCGAGAGCUCGCGGAGCCAAGGCGACUGGGGCUUGAAGCGCUCUUUGCCUCUUAAGAUGACCACCAAAUCGUCCACGCCAUCCAUCCACGUAAAGCACCUUGACUCGAUCGAGAAGAUCACCGACUACUCCUCCUCAUCCCAGCACUCCAUUACGCUGCAGAAGUUCCAGGAGCUCAAUCUGCCUCUUACCGUGCCGACCCUGCCGAAUCGCUAUCGUGCCGUAUCCCUUGGCACUACUUCGGUUUUCGAGGACGAUCACGACGUUACUGCCGUCGGAGGAACUGGAUCCGACAAGAGGUGGAAAUUCGAAGGGCCAUGGCUGGCUGGCUUGACUGAAGGACAAUUCGAAAAUUAUGUGCAAAAGACCGUCCGUAACAGACGUCAGGAGUUCCAAGCAUUCCUCCGAACGCGCUUGGCUUCCGAUUUGACUGCCGCACAGCAGCAGGCGGCUCUCGAUAAGGCCAUCGAGGCUCCAGCGCCUGUGGUCGCCAAAGACGUCACUGAGGAUCAGCUGACGGAAUACACUCGCAAGCUGCGAUCUGAUCGUGUCACUCUCUUUGCCCUGAUCAGCGAGUUCCUCGACCUCGCCCCGCUCAACCCCCCGAGCGCCAUUGCCAACAUGUCCGCUGGCACCCGGAUCGAGUCCAAAUCGCCUAACCCCUACGCCGAACGCGGCCCUCCGAUCACUCACCCGUCUGGCGGUCUGUCGUACAUUCGAACGAAUGCUCAUGCCGAAAACCACCCGCUCUACGGACCUCAGGCGAACCCUUCGCCUGUCUUGGCCCGGAUCAUCUCUCCGAGGCAUAUGUCCAACCCCGCCAAGCUGGGUGUCGCAGGCUUCAUCACGGACACGCCGCAGGGCGACUCGGCUUUCAACUACCGAAGUUACCGUGGCGGCAAGGCUCGUGUUUCUGGUAUCGCCACAUUUGAUCCCGAGAUCACGGGUGGCUCUAAGUGCUACGUGGAGCCCGUGUCGGCGAACAUCAACUCCGCCGGCAAGCUUGUUCUCAAGGUCGACGAGGCCAGCGAGGAGGCGCAGAUGAUCAAGAAGGAGUUGAUUGGCAAGGCUGAGAUCUACAACAACAAGAACCCCAAUGCUCAUGCUCUAGAGUCUGAACCACGAACCCACUCCCAGCGUCUGGGUGGAUAUCGCGGCUCUCCAUUGGGACGACGAGAUGGAUCUCCUCUGAUCAGAAGGCAACCCAAGCCAGGAAAGGCUCAGACCGGUAGCUCUCAGAGCUACGGCCUGGAUAAAUGA